UGGUUCCAUGGUGGAAGUCUUCUUUGAAUAUGAUAUGCUGUACUCUUGGUGGGAAACAAAAGGAGACUCCCAAGGCGCACGGAGUAUGACACCAUGGCAGAACACCUGAGAACAAGGAGAUAAAAGGACAAAAUUAUUUCCUUGCAAUAUGGUAUCAAAAAGUAGGAGGGGCAUAGCCAACUGCACUCUUUUGGCUGACAGGUGGUGCUCUACGAAAACUAACCAGAGUGAUGAUGUUUUGUAGGGAAAAGAAAAUAGUAGAGGAGGAGCGGAGAGUAAAAGCCAAUGAUCGUGACUAUAAUGAAAAAUUUCAGUAUGCGGACAAUCGCAUCAAAACAUCUAAAUACAACAUUCUUACUUUUUUGCCUGUUAACUUAUUCGAACAAUUCCAGCGGGUUGCAAAUGCUUACUUCCUGUUCCUCCUGAUUUUACAGUUGAUCCCAGAAAUAUCAUCCUUGUCCUGGUUUACUACCAUUGUGCCUUUAGCACUAGUAUUAACCAUUACUGCUGUAAAAGAUGCCACUGAUGACUAUUUUCGCCAUAAAACUGAUAACCAGGUGAACAAUCGACAGUCUGAAGUGCUCAUAGAUGGCAAGUUACAGAAUGAAAAAUGGAUGAAUGUAAGAGCUGGUGACAUCAUUAAACUGCAAAAUAAUCAAUUUGUAGCUGCUGAUUUAUUACUUCUGUCAGGUAGUGAACCACAUGGUCUCUCUUACAUUGAAACUGCGGAGCUUGACGGUGAGACUAACCUAAAAGUACGUCAGGCUUUAUCAGUUACUUCAGAACUUGGAGCAGAUAUCAGGAGACUUGCAGAGUUUGAUGGGGAAGUUGUUUGUGAAACUCCUAACAACAAGCUAGAUAAAUUCAUAGGAGUUCUUCUUUGGAAAGAUAAUAAGUACUCCCUUAAUAAUGAACAGAUGCUUCUGCGAGGAUGUGUGUUGAGAAACACAGACUGGUGCUUUGGAAUGGUUAUUUUUGCAGGCCCUGACACUAAAUUAAUGCAGAACAGUGGUAGAACUAAAUUUAAAAGAACAAGCAUUGACCGACUGAUGAAUACUUUAGUUUUAUGGAUCUUUGGGUUUCUGGUAUGUAUGGGAAUCAUUCUGGCAAUAGGAAAUUCAAUUUGGGAACAUCAGGUUGGGGCCCGUUUCAGAAUUUACCUUUAUUGGAAAGAAGUGGUGAACAGUUCUGUUUUUUCAGGAUUUCUAACGUUUUGGUCAUACAUUAUCAUACUCAAUACGGUAGUGCCUAUUUCCUUAUAUGUAAGUGUGGAAGUUAUUCGGCUUGGGCAUAGCUACUUCAUAAACUGGGAUCGUAAAAUGUAUUAUGCCAAAAAUGAUACCCCUGCUGAGGUUCGAACUACAACACUUAAUGAAGAACUGGGACAAAUUGAAUAUGUUUUCUCAGAUAAAACUGGGACGCUCACUCAGAACAUAAUGACUUUUAACAAAUGCUCUAUUAAUGGGAAAACAUAUGGUGAUGUAUAUGAUGAGCUGGGCCGGAAAACAGAAAUUAAUGAGAAAACUGUGCCUGUGGAUUUUUCAUUUAAUCCACUAGCAGAUAGCAAGUUUCAGUUUUAUGAUCACAGCCUGAUUGAAUCUAUUCAACUAAGAGAUCGGACAGUACAUGAAUUCUUUAGGUUGCUUUCCCUCUGCCAUACUGUCAUGCCUGAAGAAAAAAAUGCAGGUGAACUGAUUUACCAGGUGCAGUCGCCAGACGAAGGUGCUCUAGUAACUGCUGCCAGAAAUUUUGGGUUUAUCUUCAAGUCUCGGACCCCAGAGACCAUCACUGUGGAAGAAAUGGGCCAACUUGUUACAUACCAGCUGUUGGCAUUUUUAGAUUUUAAUAAUAUCAGAAAAAGGAUGUCUGUAAUAGUUCGAAAUCCAUAUGGACAGAUAAAACUUUAUUGUAAAGGAGCAGACACUAUGUUAUUUGAGAGGCUUCAUUCCUCCAGUGAAGAAUUAGCAUCUUUGACAUCAGACCAUCUUGGGGAGUUUGCAGGAGAAGGCCUUCGGACGUUAGUCCUUGCAUACAAAAACUUGACUGAAGAGCACUUUAAAGAAUGGUUUAAAAUUCUUCAGGAGGCAAAGACUUCAGUAGAUAGCAGGGAUGAACAGCUUGCUACAGCAUAUGAAGAGAUUGAAAGAGACAUGAUGUUACUAGGUGCCACUGCUAUAGAAGACAAAUUGCAAGAGGGAGUUACAGAAACCAUUGCUAGUUUAUCACUUGCCAACAUUAAGAUCUGGGUUCUAACAGGAGAUAAACCAGAAACUGCUAUGAACAUUGGUUACUCCUGUCGUAUGCUCACUGAUGCCAUGAAUGAGAUAUUCAUCAUGUCUGGCCACACAGUGAUGGAAGUACGUGAAGAACUCAGGAAAGCAAAGGAACGUUUAUUUGGACAAAGUGAAAGAUUUUCCAAUGGUCAUGUAUUCCGUAAAAAAAAGGAAAAAUUAAACCACGGCUCAGUUUUUCAAGUAACUGUCACCGGUGAUUAUGCGUUAGUCAUAAAUGGACAUAGCCUGGCUCAUGCGCUUGAGGCUGACCUGGAGAAAGAAUUCCUGGAAGUUGCCUUCAUGUGUAAAACGGUGCUUUGUUGUCGAGUCACUCCUUUGCAAAAAUCACAAGUUGUGGAGCUGGUUAGGAAAUACAGGAAAGCAGUCACCUUGGCUAUUGGGGAUGGAGCUAAUGAUAUUAACAUGAUUAAAAGUGCACACAUAGGAGUUGGCAUCAGUGGCCAGGAAGGAAUGCAAGCUGUCUUGGCCAGUGAUUACUCCUUUGCCCAGUUCAGAUACCUUCAAAGGCUGCUGCUUGUCCAUGGCAGGUGGUCCUAUUUCAGAAUGUGCAAAUUUUUGUGCUAUUUCUUCUACAAAAACUUUGCCUUCACUCUGGUGCAUUUUUGGUUUGGCUUCUUCUGUGGCUUCUCAGCUCAGACUGUUUAUGACCAGUGGUUUAUCACCCUCUUCAACAUUGUCUAUACUUCACUUCCUGUACUAGCAAUGGGGUUGUUUGACCAGGAUGUGAGUGAGCAGAAUAGUAUGGAUUAUUCAAAACUGUAUGAACCUGGGCAACUAAAUCUCCUGUUUAACAAACGGAAGUUUUUUAUCUGCAUAGCAUAUGGAAUCUAUACCUCUUUUGCUCUUUUCUUCAUCCCAUACGGUGCAUUUUAUAACAUAGCCGGUGAAGAUGGAAAACCCAUUGCUGACUAUCAGUCUUUUGCUGUUACUAUGGCAACAUCUUUAAUUAUUGUAGUCAGUGUUCAGAUAGUUCUGGAUACCAAUUACUGGACAGCCAUCAAUCAUUUCUUCAUUUGGGGUAGUGUAGCUGUGUAUUUUGCUAUUUUAUUUGCAAUGCACAGUGAUGAGUUUUUUGAUAUAUUCCCAAGCCACUUUUCUUUUGUAGGAAAUGCCCGUCAUUCUCUGGGCCAGAUAAGUGUUUGGCUUGUCAUUCUCUUGACUACCGUGGUUUCAGUCACGCCUGUUAUAACAUUCCGAUUUUUGAAGAUAGAUUUAAAUCCAACGCUAACUGAUCAGGUACGGAAGUUGCAAAGAGCUCGGAGGAAACAAAAACCUUUACAGACCCAGAUGCAUCAGGUGUAUAGAACAAGCUCAAGAAGAUCUGCAUAUGCCUUUUCUCAUCAAGAGGGCUUCGGGGAGCUCAUAACAUCUGGAAGGAAUAUGCGAGUCAGAAAUUUGCGUCCAACAUCAGGACUACAUGAUAGCACCAGUUGGAUUGAAAACUGGCAUAAGAAAACAGGAGAGACAAUGAACAAUUUCAGUAAUGACAGACCCAUGAACCUGUAGGUCAAGCUGAACACAAAGCAGUUUAAUGCUUUUUAAAAAUGUGGCCGUCUCUGUAUACUGUUUGCCACUUUGCAAGCAUUAAGCUAGGAAUACCUGUGUGAGAUGAGGACUACAGAGAAGGUGACCAGUGCAUCAAAUUUAACAGCAUGUUCAAGAAUGUUGGAAACACAGGAAUAUUUUCAGUCUCUUUUCAUUUCUGAAAAUAAUUCACCAUCACAUGACUACUUACUUGGUACAAGAGGUAAAGUACUCUCUAUUAAGAUAAGUGUAAGCAUUUUCCCUCCAACUUCAAGGUAAAUGCAAUAUUUAAAUAUUUUAAUCAGCUGUACAGUCCAAGGUAACUAUUAGAUGUAGUUGCGGUGUAGGGGCAUUUCAUAUAUAUUGUCAAUAAUGACUUUGUAUUGAUGCAGUCAGGGGCAUUAUAAAAAUUUGUUAGCACAAAAUUAAUUUUGAAAGUCAUUGCACAACUUUAAAACCAACGUGUUUAAAACAAUUUAAAUCUAUGAAGUUCAAAGUUAAAUGUUAUCAAUGUGUACAGCCCUUUCAAAUACUUUUAAACAUAUAAAACUGAGUUUUUAAAUUAUUGAUAAAUUGAAACCAGACAAAGCACUGUAUUAUAUUUUAUCCUUGUUUCCAUUAUUUUCAUUCCUUUUUAUUUGUCUUCUGUUUAAUACCACAGUUCAUUGUUUGAAAUUGCUACCUGGCUCUUUCCUGUUGAAAUAUGAUGGGUCUUUUCCUCUUCUCUGCUAUAACUCAGGAGUGACUUUAGAGAAUUCAUUAAAAUGACACAAACGGACAGGAGGGGAGGAUCAGAACCAGUUUUUCUUUCAUUUCUUUUAGCACCCUGCAGGGUGCAACUUUCUUACAGUUUUAAACAGAAGACCACAACAAGAAGAAGCUUCAUUACAAUGUAUGUGGAAUCCAGGAAAUCUUCUUUAUAAUUCUUUUGUCAGAAAUCUCAAUGAAAUCUGUACUUUACAGUGCAAGUUACUGGGGUUAUAUGCCUAUAAAAAUGUUCUUAGUAAGGUUAGUCAAUACUUGCUUGCAUUGUCAAGAAUUGCACUUUGCUACUCAUCUGCUGAAUAUGCUUGCAUAAUAUAGAAAUGUUCCUCCAUUUAAGGAAAGUAGACCCAGCACUAGACAAUAGUUACUGUUACGCCACUGAAUGCCUUAGACCACAAAUAUCAGUAGGUUUUCAGUCCUAUCUGGUAUCAUUUAUCUCAAUAUAUGCUGAGAGAUUGCGAGCAGCGUUGAAUAUAUGAGGCAGUGCAUAGAUCCAGGACAUGCUUUAUAUAACAGAAGUCCAAACUGAGCUGAUUCAAAUUGCAAGCUUUUCUUGCCACUGUGAAACCUUUGGAAUAACCUGAACCAAUGAGGGAGCAGAUGAGGUGUUCCAGACCAGAAAAUGAUCGUAUGAUCUUCCACCCCUUUCUGUGUUUCACUGGCCAAACAUCUUCCUUCUGGCUUAUAUUAGCUUUGGUAGAUAAGAUGCUGCCUCAGUUUUUUACACUGGAGUUGUUACAUUGAGGAAUGCAAUGAGGAUGUGGGGUUCACCAGUUUUUCUGUUAUCUGUGAUUGUGGCUAUGAACUACAAGCUAGUUAACACCUUUUGGAUACUACGUCCUUGUAGUGGAAUGCUCUGAAGCAAGCUGUCCAGGUAUAAUAAUGAACCAUAUCACUUACAAAGAGGUAGCAAAUAGUGGUUUGGGAAUUCAAGAUGAUGGGGUAGCUUCUUUGGACCUUAGAUUCUUUAUGAUGGAAGUUUCAGGACUCUAAGGGUUUUAUAGUAUAGAAAUUGAGACCAUAUAUUUGUCAUAACUGUAAAGAUUCCACUGUAGGAUUUCAAACCACCUUUUUUUCACAGAGUACCCAGGCGUUUUGUUGGGCUCCAUCCACAGCAUGCAUGUAUCAGUAGCUUGUUCCAAACUCACAGUUUAAGUAAGUUACACAAGAAGGAAAAGCCUUGAAACUAUGAACUUCCACUUAACUGUUCUUCCUGGAGGGUUGAAGACUACAUUUAUAGUAGCUUGUUUGCAUGAUUUGGGUAAGUAUACUAAGAGGGAACCCUGGUUCAUGAACGCUGCCCCCCCCCCCGAGUUUUAAUGCUAUUUAACACAAUUGAAAGGUAGAAAUGUGGAGAAGACACCUUCAGCUAACUUUUAGAAAAAGACAAUUCUUUUAUGCCUUGUAUGUCCUUCUGUUGAAAAUAUAUCCUCACCAAAUGAUCCAGUGUGAUACCAGCAAAGGAAAACUAAAUUGUAUUAUUGCAAAAUAUAAAAAGAAUAAACAUUUGAAGAGUAAAAUAGGCAGCAGAGCCUGUACCAAAUGAUUCAUUUUUUAAAUAUAUAUGAGAUGAAUUAGAAAGAUAGAAAUCCUACAUAAUUACAGACACCUAAUACAAAAUAUUAACUUUGCAACAAAUGUAACAUAUAUCUCUCUGCACAGAAAAGUAAGUGCAUCUAAAUCUGCAUUAAUUUAUACCCAGUGUAAUCCUGUCCAAGGUCAACUGAUUGAAUAAAUUACUUAGAAAUUUGAUGAAUUAGCUUUUGAAUGGUAUCAAACCCAAUAUUUUAGUGAAAUGCCUUGGAACAUAUGCAGCAUAAUCAACGCAGUCUACAGAUAACAAGAGAGAAUAAUGAGGAGGUCUUCAUGUUUCUUAUUUGUAUAUCAGUAACUGCCUUUUUUGGCUUCUGUCAAGUAAAUAAAGAACACUUCAAAAUUCCAAAUGUUUUGCAAAAUGAAAGUGCAUGACCAAUAUGUUAAGUAAUAUAAGCUGCAAGUUAUUUUAAAAUUAUAGCCAUGAUUAAUAUAUAAUAACAUAUUUAUUCUACCUGCAAGAAUGGGCCAUAGAGAAUACAAGCAUGUUGAAAUGCUGACAAGUGUUUGGUGAUUACAUUAUACUAACAUAACAAAUUAUUCCAGCAUUGAUGAAAAAUAUUUUUUUGUACUUUCAAAAGAAAAAUAGGUUUCAGUGUUAAAUUUUGUGUGUUUAAGUUCCAUGCGGGAAAGACCAGGUUGAUUUCUUGGUGAGUUUUUUUUUUCUAUUAAGCACUUCUCUGGCAAAUCUGUUGCUAAUAGCUUGAUUUAUCCAGUGAACAUACACAGUUGAACAAGUGUGGUUUUGAAUUAGCAAGAUAUUCUGCAAGUGUAUCAGGGUGACAACUAUCUCUGGGAAUCCACAACUUGAUUUAUUUGACAAGACAGUGGACCUGUUUCAUUUGUUUUACUCCAGGGACUUGAUACAAUUAUACACAUUUGUGCCAAGGCUGAAUUUGUCCUGGUGCAUUUUGCUUUGUAUAAAAGUUACAUGUUUGGUAACGGGUUAUUUUUAAACUGUAAGUGUACAACUGUCAUACAAAGCUGUUUGAUGACUUUGUAAGAUAACAAAAAUGUUGCAUUUUUACACAUAGUUCCAUAACUUAUUUAAAUUAUGAACAUAUUUGAUAUUUUUAAAAUAUACCAUUUAUAAGUAUAAAAAUAUCUUUGGUGUGUUUUUUAUGCCUUUGUAAAAAUUUUGUGUGUAAGUGAUUAGAGCAUCUCAGAAUGUAUUACCAGAGCCUUUGAUGACAUGGUUCUAUGAACUAUAAGAAUGCUUUAAAAAUUAAAUAAGUUCACCCAAAAAAGUGAAAGAUGUUGACAUUCAAAUGAAUUUUGAUGAUCUUCA